AUGAGGAAGACUUCAAAGGCUCCAGCCAGAUCCUCGCAGCAAGAAGAACCUCCGGGCAAGCCGAAAUGCAAAGACGAACGUCGUUUCGUAGCCACACAAAAGCAAUGCUUGUCGAAUGCUUUGGACUCGUUGUUGCCUAUUCCAAAGCGGAACUUCACGUCUUUACGGUGGGCUGAUAAAAAUCAUAUGUCGAACAUUAGACCUGACUGCGAGACACUUGACUCCUGCCUCAUUCCUGCUACCGCACACACGACUGUUCCAGAAAUCGACAGUAUGACCGACAAAACGCUUAGGAGAAAUGCGAUCCAAAUUGUUUCAAAAGCCGUUGUUCGAAUGAACAACGCCACCGUGAAGAGGAACGCCGCAAUCCGAAAAAAAUUCCCACACCUUCGUCACUCAUAUUUGCUGAAAUGA